AGUCAACUGUUUAUCAUAAAUCCCGCGAAUAUGGAAGGUUCGGUCCAGAAGCCCAGCUACUUUCCCCAGUACGUGGUCGCUCUCAUAGCAACCAUGGCCGCUUUUUCGAUAGGAACCAGCUUCGGAUGGAGUGCUCCGGCUGAGGUUAAACUGGUGGACCACAACGAGGGCAGGUUUCCGAUCGGGGCAGACGAGUUUGCCUGGACAGUAGCCGUGAUGCCUCUCGGCGGGGCCAUCAUUAGCAUUCCGGUGGGGCUGCUGGUGCAUGUUUUCGGGGCUCGGCGGACCUUGCUCAUAUUUGUGACUCCAUGUGCCGUUGGUUGGGCCUUCAUCAGCUGGGCCGUGAACGGAGGAAUGCUUCUGUUCGGUCGACUGCUGACCGGAUUUUCCGUUGGAGCCUUUGCCAUGGCCGUUCCCAUCUAUCUGGCCGAAAUGGCAUCGAAAGAGAUCCGCGGCACGGUCGGUUCCUUUUUCCAGCAGAUGAUAAAUUUGGGAAUACUUUAUGCUUACGGGCUGGCGGCCCUGUUGAACACCUUCCAGCUGAGUGUUCUGUGCGGCCUGGUACCGGUGGUGUUUGGAGUCCUGUUCUUCUUCAUGCCGGACAGUCCGACGCAUUUGGUAUUACGGAUUAAUGAACGGAAAGCCGUCGAGGCCAUCAAAUGGCUCCGAGGUCCGAAGUUCGAUGCCACCAAGGAAGUCAAUGAAAUACGGGCCUUGCAGCAACAUGUCACUGCAGCAGCGGAACAACAACGCAACCAAUCCGAGGAGCUUCAUCCGUCCUCGAGCGACCAUCAAUGCCAGUUGCCGUUUGAUAAACGAUCCUCCGGGUGCUGCUGCUGCGAGUCCUUCACGCAUCCGGCCACUAUUCGAGCCUUGGCCAUCAUGUUGGGUCUCAUGUUUUUGCUGCAGAUGUCCGGCUUCAGCUCGCUGCUCUUCUACUCGACUUCCAUUUUCGGGGAAGUACAAGUGAUCAUCGAUCCGGAACUGGCUACCAUAAUCGCCGGAGCCAUGCAAGUGCCGGGAACGUUGAUGUCAUCGCUAGUCGUGGACCGAGUAGGGCGCAGGAUGCUGCUGUUGGCAUCCGGUAGUAUCAUGUUUGUCAGUUUCCUGGUGCUCGGAGUUUACCUGCUGCUGUUGAGCCGGGAUCAGGUGGACGAACUUGGCUGGCUUCCGCUGACCACUCUCAGCCUGUACGUCACCUUCUACUCCCUCGGCUUUGGGCCCAUCCCUUGGCUGAUGCUCGGAGAGUUGUUCAGUCCGGACGUGAAAGGACCUGCCAGUUCGUUGGCUAACAUGACCAAUUUCGCCAUGUCCUUUGCCAUGGCACGGCUCUUUCCGGAGCUCCGGGAUGCCGUCGGUAUUGGAACGACUUUAAUCAUAUUCGCUGGCUGUUGCCUGCUAGCGGUGGUAUUUGUGGCCUUUCUAGUUCCGGAAACCAACGGGAAAUCGCUUAACGAAAUUCAACGAAUGCUGGCAGGUACAAGGUCUUAUUAUUUCAAGACUCUGUUGACGCGUACCAUCAACUGGAGUCUAGACAACCAGCCCGGAAUUAGCUGGGCUGCAAUCGGGCGAUGCAUGUCGGAAAUGAAGGAUUAUGAGAUUGCAUUCGGAAGAUGUGGAGAUGCCAAGAUGUUGAGGAUUCCAAACGUCAGCUGGUCGCCGCAAAACAUCCUGUAA